AUGUGGGCUCUUAGCUCGGAUCUUGGAUAUCGGCAUUACAGUAUGAGUGAACUACGAAGCUCUGCUGAUCUCGGCUGUCCUCUCUGCCGUUUAUGUUGCUUCCGUAUAUACAACUCACGGAUAUCAUUCAAAAACCGACGCACCCUCCGAUUCUACGCCGAAAGUUCCGAUGGAAGGACGACUGAUAGGCAACCUAUAUUUGGAAUAUCAAAGUUGGUCUUCAGGAUACAAGACAGGAAGGCUACCCUAGCAACGAGUUUCGAAUUUCAUGCCUAUACUUCUAAAGGAAAUCCGUCAUCCAAUUGUCUUAAAGAAAUCGAUAUAGAUCUAGAUGUUGCCAGCUAUAACUCCACAAAGAAAAUUCGAGCACAGCUAAAAAAAAUUCGAGUGAUAGAUGUCGGCUACGAAGAGCUAUCUACUACGCUCAAACUUCAUGUCCCCAAACAUCAAGAAUAUGGGUCUUAUGUUGCCUUAAGUUACUGUUGGGGUGGCCAACAACCAACGAUCACAACAUUAGACAACAUCGGCGCAAGGACAGCCGCAAUUUCUUUUGCAGAACUUCCACAAACUGUUAGGGACGCAGUUGCAGUUACUCGUAGCCUUGGGAUUCGAUAUCUCUGGGUUGAUGCACUGUGUAUCAUACAGGAUUCCGGCCCAGAUAAGAUCAAGGAGAUAGCAUUGAUGGGCGAAAUCUAUAAAAACGCAGCUGUGACUGUUGCAGCAGGAAAUGCGACUGAUGUUAAAGAAGGCUUCCUCAAGCCGCGGUCACUACCAUCUGCUUGUUCUUUACCUUUGUAUAUCUCGGAAAAGCAGUCAGGCACUAUCUGGCUCCAAGAUCGGAAAACAUUCAAAAGACCUCCUGAACCAUUGGACUGCCGUGCCUGGACCUUCCAAGAAUUCCUUCUUUCCCCUCGAAUUCUGUAUUAUGGUUCAAACGAGGUCAUCUGGCGUUGUCUGACGGAGAAUUUAAACGAUUGGAUUUCCUUAACAUCGCCUCUGGCUUACCCGUUACCUUCAACUUUGUACUUGCCUCUAUCUAUUUUCGAGAGAGAGGCCUCGCCCAAAUCCAAAAAUUAUCAGAAUCAAGACGAAAUUUGGAGGACCAUCAUCAAGACAUAUAGCAAACGAAAUAUCACCGCUUCAGAAGAUCGUUUGCCGGCUUUGGCAGGAAUCGCUUCCGAGCUGCAGAUUGUUUGGAAUGACAAAUACGUAGCAGGCCUAUGGCAGAAAUGUCUUCUCGGACAUCUUCUCUGGACAGCCGAAGCAAAAUUCGGAUCAAACCUGGACAAAAAUCAAUCAUUGACCUAUAAUUGCAACAAUGUGGUGACAGGCUAUCAAUCACCCGGAUGGUCUUGGGCUACAUACCACUAUGCAGUUGAGAUGUUCAGGAUGGAAACGGAGGCUGCAGAGGUAAUAGACUUCGGUGUUAGUUUAGUCUCUGAUCAAGCACCAUUUUCGGCUGUAUCCUAUGGCUGGCUUUCUUUAAAAGGAAAGUUAGGCAGAGGGGAUGCCAUAAGAGGGUGCGAAGUUAGUUCUUUUAGAUAUAUCGCGGAUGGCAGAAUGCAGGAUGAAAGCCUCUUCAACGAAGGCACCAGAGUCUUGCUUCUUGGUUACGGCAAAAAUAGUGUCCCUUAUUGGGGUUAUACAUUACGUCCUUCGGAUAGAGGAGCUUAUUUGAGGACCGGGAUCGCCAUAGUCUACAGCCCGUUAACUGCCAGACUUUUAUGGCCAGAAUGGUGUGAGAGUAAGCUCGUGAUAGUUAUAUGA